UCGAUCAAUGGGAGUUGAUAUUUAACUGGCCACUGAGCAAUUGCCAAUCUUUUACGCUUGGGAUUUCUGUCGCACGUUGUCGCUUUUUUUAGACACACUUGUUUUUUCACAUUUGUUUUCUCCAAUUUAAAUUUAAGACACUGUAAGGACAUGGACAUACUUCUGGCACUCCUGUUGUUAUGUCUUGGCAGCAAGGGAAUCUCAAAUGCCGAGGUGGCAGAGGUUAUGCCUCUCGGUCCUCUACUGCCCAGCGAUCCUCUACAGAAUGAGACGGGGCCAAGCGCGAUGCCUCUCAUCCCUCUAAUCCGCAGCAAACCUGUAGAGACCACAGCUGAAAAUACCACAGAAGCACAGCCCGACAGAACACUAGAAACAACGGCUGAAGGUACAACAGCACUUUCAUCUGCGUCCACCGACACCGACGACGAGAAAGAGACGGUCUCAGAAGAAGAUCUAGACGGCUCUUGUGAGUCGGUGGGCAAAAGCCGGCGUUCCCUUGGGCUAAUCGCCAGAGCCCUGCAGAAGAGUGGCCUGAAGCUCCUGGCGAAGUUGGAGCCGACAGAGGCAGAGCCCAAUGUGAUCAUAUCCCCACUCAGCAUAUCAUUAGCUCUCUCCCAGCUGGCUCUGGGAGCAGUCAAUGAGACGGAGGGGCUUCUCAUGAAUUAUCUCCAUGGAAACAACCUGUCCUGUUACCACGAGACUCUGCAUAAAGCUCUGGAGCAGCUCAAAAGCGAUGAUCUGCAAAUCGCCACCCGCAUCUUCCUGGCCCAAGGGCUGGAGCUUAAGCAGAAGUUCGCUGAGGACUCUCAGCGGUUCUAUGAGUCGAAGCCAGUGGCCCUUGAGGGAUUGCAGCAGGUCAACUCAUGGGUGGCGCAAGCAACCAAGGGGAAAAUCCCUGAGUUCCUAACUUCGUUACCUCCCCAACUGCUACUGAUGCUCAUUAAUGCUGUCCACUUUAAAGGGGAAUGGAUUGCCCGCUUUGACCCCCAAUUGACCUCAAAAGGGGUGUUCUACCUGAACGACAACCAGCUGGUGGACGUGGAGAUGAUGGAGGGUCCCAAACACCCCAUGAGUGUUUAUGUAGAUCCAAUCAUGGAAGCCCACGUGGCCCGCUUGAGAUUCCAGAAGCGUAAGAGUCUGAUCCUAGUGCUGCCGACCUCUGGACAGGUGAAUGUGUCGAGGCUGGCCGAAACGCUCAGCCUCUCAGAAGUCUACUCUCGUCUGCCUCAAGAACAGGAUGUAAAAGUCACCCUUCCAAAGCUGAAACUGGAGUACGGUCAAGAACUGAAGAAAGCCUUCACUAACUUGGAUCUAGGACUGAUCUUCUCGAACCCCGACCUGUCUGGAAUUGCGGAGGGGUCCCUGAUAGUGACCAGUGUCAAACACAAGUCCAGCAUGGAGCUGAACGAGGAGGGGGCAGAGGCCACUGCAGCCACCGCCGUGAUCAUCUCUCGGAUGUCCACUCCCAUCUUCUCCGUCGAUCGCCCCUUCUUCUUCAGCCUCGUGGAUGAUAAAACCAAAGUACCGAUCAUGAUGGGCGUGGUGAACAACCCCAACCCUGGAGCGCCCACAAUGCGAAGACCCGAACCCGGCAACAAAGAUAAAGAGGGCUACCCCGUUGACAAGAGCGAGGUGUCAUCUAAAGGGCUCCCUCCUAAGUAGGACUGUUACAUCACACCAGCUAGAAAACAGAUGACACGAUCAUUUUGCAGAUCUCAACUUUAUUUUAUAGCGUUAACUGGAUCGAGUUGUGAUCAAAUUUUUAAAAAUAAAAUCGGUCAAAGACAAUGA